AUGUCCGCCUUUUCAAUUUUCGCAUCUCCUACGUGGCCUUUGAUAUCACAUACCAGUUCACUUUUAGAGACGCCACCAGUUGUAGCUUCAAUACUAGACAAGCUGUCUGGUACUGAAGCUAUAAGCAGCUCUACAGAAGAACAAGAAUAUGUACCUCCCAAAAAUGAAGUUGUUGCAGUAACUGAAGAAGGAGCUGUGUAUUCAAAAAGAUGUAAACUGUUUUUCAAAAAGGAUGACAGUUAUGCAGAGAAAGGUAUUGGAACUGUCUACCUCAAGCCAAUUGAUGGGAAAACACAGCUUUUAAUUCGGGCUGAUACAAACUUAGGUAACAUUUUGCUUAACAUCAUGUUAAGUUCUUCUCUACCUAUGUCUCGUACCGGGAAAAAUAAUGUGCUGAUAGUGUGCAUUCCAAAUCCACCAGUGGAUAUUAAAAACCCUGAUUCUAAAGAAGCCAUUCCAAUCCUCAUACGUGUCAAAACAAGUGAAGAUGCAGAUGAACUUCUAGAAAACUUAAAUAAAUAUAAAUCUUGAAGAUGAUAACAUCAUUGAUCCUUCAUAGCUUCUGUCAAAUUCUCAAUAUUUCAGAAAUUAAAAGUAUCUUAAAAAAUUAAAAUGAAUACUCAUUUGUGAGCUUUUUAUCUGUAAAAUUGUCAUCUCUAAAUAAAAAUUUUGGUUUAUAAUU